AAUAGUUGCGAUUGCGUUAUUUAAAUUAGUACUUUGUCUGCUAGACUGUUUAAUAAGCGUUCGUUUAUUUCGGAGAGGCAUGGCUUUCGAAUAUCAACUUGUCAUGGAAGUAAUUUUAUUCAGCAUGCUCUUCCAAGGAAUUAUAACCACUCACAUACCAAGGUUUUUUCGAGGCCGGCCAAGGGGACGCGAAGGUAUGCUUGGUUCUCCAAACGUUAAACGCAAAGUUGAUCUUCCGGUUGAACAAUGGUUCACGCAACGUUUAACACAUUUCAAUGACUCUAAUCGAGCAACUUGGCGUCAAAGAUAUUGGUAUAACUCAACGAAUUGGAAAAAAGGUGGACCAGUUUUUCUUAUGAUUGGUGGAGAAGGCAAGGCCAAUCCCAUAUGGAUGGUUGAAGGUACCUGGACAAAGUAUGCAAAUGAGUUUGGUGCAUUUACUUUCAUGCUGGAGCAUAGGUACUAUGGGCUGAGUCAUCCAACAGUUGACUUGAGUGUGGAGAACCUUCAGUUCCUCAACAGUGAGCAAGCUUUAGCUGAUCUAGCAGCUUUUGUUCAGGCAAUGAAUGAGAAAUUUGAACUGGAGCAAAGUAAAUGGAUUUGUUUUGGGGGAUCUUACCCAGGCUCUUUGUCAGCAUGGUUCAGGUUAAAGUACCCUCAUCUUGUUGCAGGUGCAGUUGCAACAAGUGCACCAGUAUUUGCUAAGCUAAAUUUUAAAGGUUAUUUGGAUGUUGUAACAGCUUCUUUGCAAACAUCAAGUUAUGGCCAUACAUGCACUGACAGCAUAGCUGUCGCUACAAGUAAAUUACAGUCCAUGGUGAAGACUAACUCAGGGAGGCAACAAUUAUCCAAAAUGUUCAGGUUAUGUGAUUCUUUGGAGAACAAUGACGACGACAUUUUCAAUUUUGCCGCGAGUACGGCUGGCAAUUUCAUGGGUGUUGUUCAAUACAACAAAGAUAACAGAAAAUUUGAGGGAGCAGCUGGUUCAAAUGUCACGAUAGACGUGUUGUGUAGUAUUAUGAGCAACACAAGCACUGACGAACUCUCAAGAUACGCCAAAGUGAACACUUUGAUGUUGGAUACAUACAAAGAAGGAUGUCUUGAAAUAAAGUACGAUGACAUGAUUGAAGAACUUAGGCAAACAUCGUGGGAUAGUUCGGCAGCGUUUGGAGAAAGACAGUGGAUAUAUCAAACGUGUACAGAGUUUGGCUUUUAUCAAACUAGUGAUUCCACAAACCAACCUUUUGGACAUUUGUUUCCACUGAAAGUUUCGAUCAAACAGUGUAUGGAUAUCUUUGGUUUGAAUUUUAAUGAGACGGAGAUCGCUUCUGGUAUCAAUCGUACAAACACCAAUUAUGGUGGCCUGGGAAUUGCUGGCUCAAAGAUUGUGUUUCCCAAUGGGUCAAUUGAUCCUUGGCAUGCUCUUGGCAUUACGAAAGAUGUUACCGCAGAAGAGCAAGCAAUAUUUAUUCAAGGUACCGCUCAUUGUGCAAAUAUGUAUCCCGAAUGCGCAUCAGAUCCGCCACAGCUAAUUCAAGCAAGAAUGAAAAUUAAAGAUCACAUCGCGAAGUGGCUUACCUCGGAACAUGUUGCAAACUGAAAACUUGAGUCAUUGAAUAAUACAAUUUCUAUAUGAUAACAUAUAAAUCAAAAUAAUAAAUUCUAAAUUAUGACAUAAUUAUUUUGAAAUUUCCUACCAAGUUCGAACAAUAUACAUAUCAAAUCUCCAUAAGGAUAAUUACAAUAGAAUAUACAAUAAAUUACACGUGAUUUGCGCAAAUGAAUGCAUGUGAUGGCGACUCGAUAGCAAAUGUGUACGACAAUAAUUUCCAUUUAUACAUCAAUGAAAUUAAAUAGUUAUUAUAAAUAUGUUCAAA